AUGGAUCAUGGGAUAUUACAGCUGACAGGUCACUCAAAGUUUGUCGAAGACUGCCGAUUUUCAGCAGAUGGCUCAAAGAUAGUCUCAUGCGGAGGCGAUGGUAAGGUAUUUCUUUGGGAAACGGAAAGAGGUCAAAUAUUGAAUAGAAUCGGUAGACACGACGCUGAAACAUGGUCAUGUGACUUCAGCGCCUGUGGUACGUACAUUUGCUCCGCCUCUAGCGACAAGACCGUUCGCAUUUGGGACGAACGAACACAUGGUCAUAUUGCAGCAUUUCAAGGCCAUACAAAAACCGUUUGGUCAUGCGCAUUUCAUCCAGAUGCAACGUCCUUUUCUGUAGCAUCUGCAUCAUCGGACAUGAGUGUUAAGAUUUGGAAUUGGAAAACGCUCAGUGUUGAGCAAAACAUUGAAAACCACAAAAACAUCGUAGAGAACGUGGCAUUUACGAGAAAUGGUGAAACUCUAGUGACUUGUGGACGCGACAGAACCGUUCAGAUUUUCGAGAAUUACGCGAAUGCUUUAAAUCGUAAAGUGAAACUGUUAAUAACGCACGAAAUGAGAGUGAACCAUUGUUGUUUUUCUGGACAGUAUGAUGAACUCGUAUUGUCUUGCUCUGAUGACAAAACCGUCAAAGUAUGGGAUAGGAAUAAAUUAAUAAACACACACACUUUAGUGGGUCAUCAAAACAUUGUGUGGGGAUGUGAUGGAUUUAUGUUAAAUGAUGCGAUGAUUGUCAUAUCUUGCUCGAGUGACAAAACAUUACGGUUUUGGGACAUUACAAGCGAAAAGGAGUUAAAAACGAUGAGAAAAAUGACCGAAGAUGUUGAAUCCGAAGCUCAACUUCACUCAUGUCACAUUUCACCUAACCUAACUCAAAUAGCUGUAUGUUCUAACAAUGGAAACCUAUAUCUCAUUGAAACGAGACUAAUAUUCCAAGAAAUCCAUAAUGCUCUUGAAUCGCAACAAGACGAAAAUCCUAAUUAAAACAGCAAUUUGCCCAUUGUAAAAAUGGGCACGCUUGCGGAA